AUGUCGAUAUCAACUUUAUCAUUUAUAAAAAAAAGAGCUAUUUCUAUUUAGAAAAAAGAAGAAGCUUACUUACAAAUUUAAUUUAAUGAUGUUUAUGAUAUUUCAUGUAGCGAUAUUAAUUAAUAGAAAAGAUAUACAAUAUGUAGUACAAUAGAUUAGAGUAAAUAAAUAGUUAUAGGCAAGGCAAUAAGUCAAUUAGUCACAAACGAAACCAAAUUUUAUACCUUAAAAUAUAAAGUUAUUGCAGAAGAAAUUAACUCUACACCAAUCAAAGUUAAAAACUAUGAAUUUGAAAUUAAUGUGAAAUAGCUUUUUGAAUAUUGCUAAAAUGAAUAGAAAGCAGAAUAUCACAAAGAUGAUUAAAUAGCAUUUUAUGAGCAGAAAGGUAACCCUUAAGGUUUUGCUGAAUUAUCUAUUCUUUUUAGUGUAUUAGGAAAACAUGAUAAGAAUAAUAGGCAAAAAUGA